GUUGAGAUACGUGUCUGAUACAGAUAGUUACAGCCAACGUGAAAGUAGCUAAAUCUGUUAAACUUCACCACAGAUUAUCAUCAUUCUGGCGGUAAUUUGCUUGCCAUCUCAACCGCCAAUUUUCCAGCCAUCCCUCUUUUACCGCCUCGAACAAUCUGUAGCAAAGUCACGCGCAGACGCACCGACAUUCCCACCACAACCAUCUCAACCAUCUCAAUCGAACCGGAGCGAUGCAGGCUCCUCCGGCGAACGGGCCAGCGCCUGGGCAAAUGGGCAUGCCCAGCCCGGAGCAGAUUGCUGCCAUGCAGCGGCAGCUUGCUGCUGAUGCCCAAAGAGCCGGCAUGACAGUACCACAGUUCAUCGAACACCUCAAGAAGCAGGCCAUUGAGCAGCAACAAAGGAUGAUGCAGCAACAGCAACAGCAGGGCCAAGGUCAGCACCAACACCAGCACCAGCACCAGCAUCAGCAACCGCAAACCCCCGGCCAGCCUCAGCCCAUCGUCCCCGGACCGCCCAACCCGGUGGCCCUAGCACUCGCCAAGUUCCUGCGAAGCCAGAACCUCAAACCACGCACCUGCAUCCUCAAUGGCGAGCGCAAAGACAUGUUCCGCGUGAAACGCGCGCUACGAGCCCUGCAGUCGGACGCGUACGCAGCGGCGCGCAAGAAGAACCCGGCGCUGCCCGAGAUCACGGACCGGGCGUCGCUCGAAAACACGUUCAAGAUGCUCCCGCUGUCGAUGCUGGCACUGCGGGUGGUCAAGGCUGAGGACCCGCACGAGGGCCACAGCCACGGCGGGACGGGCAAGAAGCCCAAGCGGGUCAAGGGCCUCUGGACGGUGCGAAUCGAGCCUCAGCAGGAGGCCGGCGACGACAUGUACUACGUCUGGCUGUGGGAAGGAAGCCAGGUCAUGCGCAAGGUCUACGCCGCCCUCGCUCUGUUUGCCAUCUUCGCCCUUGUCUGCUACCCGCUCUGGCCCGUCAAGCUGCGCCAGGGCGGCUACUACCUCAGCUGGGGCUUCCUGUGCUUUUUGGGCCUGUUCUUCGCCAUGGCCAUCUUCCGCGUCAUUCUCUUCUGCGUCACCUACUUUGUCCUACCGCCCGGCUUCUGGCUGUUCCCUAACCUCUGGGAGGAUGUCUCGGUUAUAGACAGCUUCAAGCCCGUUUGGGCUUGGCAUGAGCCGGCUGCCAAAGGCAAGAAGAAGAAAUCCAAAAAGAGCUCCGGCUCGGCAAACGCAGGCGCGACCUUUGCUGCCAGCACUGGACAGCCUGCCCCCGCGACUGCCACUACUACAGCCACCGCUACCCAGAUCUCUGCCGCCCCCGCGCAGCAGCGCAGUUACGUGGCUCCAAGAGUGGAGGAGCUCGAGGACGAUGAGUGAGGCAAGGCCGGCGUUUGGCGCGAUAGUUGGGAGACUGCAUGUGGCAGAAACUCAGGGCUCAGUUUGUCAUUAAGAUGCAUAUUUAAAGUGUGUUUUUUUGGCGGAUGGGAAAAAGAAAAAAAAGAUAAUGGCAAUGGAUCGUCAAUAACAUUUCCCGGAAAUAGCAAGCUCAUCUCCGUCAGCCUAUUCAAC